AUGAGGUGGUUGAUGUUGAUGCUGGCUUGCUUCCAGUUGUCAGAGGGAUUGGUGACAGUCCCUCUGAAAAAGGGCAAGUCUAUUCGGGAGACGAUGAAAGAGAAAGGUGUGCUGGAAGAUUUUCUGAAACAUCAUAAUCAUGAUCCUGCCAUGAAGUACCACUUCAAUGAGUACAAUGUUGCUUAUGAACCAAUGGCAUACAUGGAUGCAUCGUACUAUGGGCAAAUCGGCAUUGGAACUCCAGCUCAGAACUUCCUGGUGCUGUUCGACACUGGCUCGUCCAAUCUCUGGGUUCCUUCCAUCUAUUGCAAUACCGAGGCAUGCACCCGUCAUGCCAGAUUCAACCCCAGCCAGUCUUCUACCUACUCCACCAAUGGGCAGACCUUCUAUCUGGAGUAUGGCAGUGGAAACCUUGCAGGAUUUUUUGGCUAUGACACUUUGACACUGCAGAACAUUGUCGUCACUAAGCAAGAGUUUGGUCUGAGUAAAAACGAACCUGGUGCUAACUUCAUUUAUGCAGAGUUUGAUGGUAUUCUGGGCAUGGCCUACCCCUCUCUGGCAGUUGGUGGUGCUACUACUGCAUUAGAGGGGAUGCUGCAGGAAAACUUGCUAUCAGAGCCAAUCUUUAGCUUCUACUUGAGUCGCCAACCAACCUCACAAUAUGGUGGUGAGGUCACGUUUGGAGGUGUAGAUACUCGUCUUUACUCUGGACAGAUCUACUGGGCUCCCGUCACCCAAGAACUUUAUUGGCAGAUUGGAAUUCAAGAGUUUUCUAUUGGAGGACAAGCAACUGGUUGGUGCAGUCAAGGUUGCCAGGCUAUUGUGGAUACUGGGACCUCUCUCCUCACCGUUCCCCAGCAGUACAUGAGCAAUUUCUUGAAUGCGGUGGGUGCUCAGCAGAAUGGACAGUAUGUUAAUUGCAACACUGUUCAGAACCUUCCCACCAUCUCCUUCACCAUCAAUGGAGUUUCCUUCCCUCUGCCUCCCUCUGCCUACAUCCUCAAUGAAAAUGGCUAUUGCACAGUUGGGAUUGAGGCCACAUACCUUCCUUCCCAAAACGGACAGCCUCUCUGGAUCCUUGGAGAUGUCUUCCUCAGGGAGUACUAUUCCGUCUAUGACAUGGGCAAUAAUAGGGUUGGCUUCGCAACUUCUGCCUAAGCCUGAGCAGGAAUGGAUUCUUUAAAACAUGCUUGGCGUCCUCAGUUAGACUGACUUUC